UUUACUUACAAGGUGGAUGGGAGCAAAUACAAACGACCAUCAACCUGAGCACUCUUUACUAUUUUAUCGUGCUGAGUAUGAUAAGUCUUGGUGGAACCAGGUAAUCAUGUUUUACAAUAGUUUAACGAAUUAAUUUCUUGUGAAUGUAAUUGGUCGCUAAUUUUAAUGAGUACAGGUUACAUGGGACCCAUAUCCACGUGAAGUAGUCGAGCUGCAUCAUCUGAGACACCCCAGGAUCACGAGACGUGGUUGUGCAAGGUGCCAUUGAUCUGCUGGCACAUUGUGGAGUGGCACCUACCCGAUCGAUCCUUGAGGCAAUAUCGAUUGGAGCAACCAAUUCCACAAUACCGGUAUGUAAUUUUACCAACUCUCGUCUGUCCGCUCGUACAAACCCUAUAUGCACAAAUGUCACAGAGUUCUUGCCACGUGAAUCGCGACUCAAUAUUCAACAUAGUGGAUUCACCGUCCUCAUAAUUAAUCCCAAUGUCAGAGUUUGUCACCCUUCCAUUCCACCGAAUAAUAAGCUGAAACUUCUUGAAUUUGCUCAUAUCUACAAUUUACAAUAAGUAACUAUUAGCUUAAUUCCAAUAAAAUUAACCAAAAUCAUAUUGUACGACUAAUAUUACUCCAUCUCAUAACUAACAACAACAUAAAUUCUCAACUAACAUAACGUAUUUGCUACGAAAAGUAAUUCAUUACAUAAAUAUAACUACUAAAAACAUCAUUAUAUAACAAUACAAAAUUAAAUCAUACCGAAAAUAGCUUCUGUGUAUUUUGCUUGGUGUUUUUUUUUGCUGAAAUUUGAAGAGGGGGGGUUACGUUUUUCCAACUGCUGGUGGGGGGUAUUUAUAUGAAAAUCGGCCGGCAUUAACCGUGUUCGGCAGAAGUGGUGAAGGCAAUCACCGUCUUGCCCUAAGGCGAUGAACGGUAGGUGGUUGUGACCUAACUCUCACCUGCCAGUGGUGGGAAACGUGGGCAACUAUCACCUCACCAGACUACAACGGUGAUCAAUUCACCGUCGUUAACAAAGACGGUGAUUGCUUCACCGUUUAUGUUAAACGCGGUGAACCUUUCACCGCUUUUGAUAAAAACAGUGAUUCCUUCAUCGUUUUCAUUUAACGCGGUGACUUAUUCACCGUUUUCAUCUAACACGGUGAUUGCAUUCACUGCCUUAGACAAAGGCGGUGAAUGUGAAACAUGUGUAGAUUGAGAAUUUUUUUAUAACAUGUAUUUUGGGAAAUUUUUUUAAUUACUGAUGUAUAUUGGAAUUUUCCCCCAAUACAGAGCAUUGUUUACGAGAACUCCACGGCGCCACUUGAACAGAGAGAAAUAAGGGAAAUCCCCAAUUCGCUGCCAUGCAUUUUCCCUAAGGCUGUAAACCUUGGCCUCGAAAAACAAUGCACCUCCUCAGGAAAACUGAGCCAACCUGACUAAUUUGUAGUCCUGGUGAACGGAGUCAUACUCGAAACCAUAAAUGAAGAACCCGCGAAAGGGAUCCCCCGGAGGAAGCUCAAUCUCCGCCUUGGGGAGCAUCCAGUGCUCGCGAGUGGUAGGGUUCCAGAAUGCGAUUUCCUCAUCCAAGUUUUGGACCGCAAGCAGUCCAUUACAACAGCCGAGGAUCCAAAUUCUGAGCUUCGAGUGGGUGUUCCAGCUUCACUGCGGCGUUCAGACAUUCGAGGUUCACGAAAUACUGAUAUGUUUCGUUGAGGACGAGACUGAGGUUGGAUGAGGCUUCCUUGGAGUGUCGGAGUUGGAUUUGGGUGAAAGAGGAAUUGUCUAUUUCAGAGCACCAUGACUUGGAGAGGCAACGGAGGCGAAGCAGUGACUUCACCGGCAGACGGCAGAGCGUGGCCGCUAUUAGGUCCGCCGGGAGACCUUGUAUUGUCGGCAUUUUGCUCAACAGUUGCUGUGUUCCCUUCCCCGAAACCUAUUUUCUACCCGCGCGUUUUGAUUUGGUCACAUAUCCUUUUUUUACACAAGGUCAAGUGAUAUAAAUUCUGUCGGAAAUAAGAAGAGUGUGGAAGUGGACUAGUCGAACUUUCAAUGAAAAGGCAUUUUGUGC